GCGGGGCCUGCCGCCGCGGUGGUGGCGGUGGCAGCUGCGGAGUCUCCAGGGGCAGACAAGGUACUUAGGCGGCCCCAGCCUCGCCAGAGCAUCCUUCUCCUCUGGUCCUGGCUGGCAGCCUGCGCUCCCGGCCUCAGGCCUGGCGGCUGACUUCUUUGUGUUUUGUUUUCUGCCCGGCGCCUCGCCUCGUCUCCAGGACCCGUUCGUUCUUCUGCGGGCUACAAGAAGGCAGAGGAUGAGAUGUCCCGGGCUACGUCUGUUGGAGACCAGCUAGAGGCACCGGCCCGCAUCAUUUACCUCAACCAACCGCAUCUCAACAAAUUCCGCGACAACCAGAUCAGUACGGCAAAGUACAGCGUGUUGACAUUUCUACCUCGAUUCUUGUAUGAGCAGAUUAGGAGAGCUGCUAACGCCUUCUUCCUCUUCAUUGCCUUAUUACAGCAAAUUCCAGACGUAUCUCCAACAGGACGAUAUACCACCCUGGUGCCAUUGAUCAUUAUUUUAACAAUUGCAGGCAUCAAAGAGAUUGUUGAAGAUUUUAAACGACAUAAGGCAGACAAUGCAGUUAACAAAAAGAAAACAAUAGUGUUAAGAAAUGGUAUGUGGCAUACUAUUGUGUGGAAAGAGGUGGCAGUGGGCGAUAUUGUGAAGGUCCUCAAUGGGCAGUAUCUUCCAGCAGACAUGAUCCUGUUCUCCUCCAGUGAACCUCAGGCCAUGUGCUAUGUUGAAACAGCUAAUCUGGAUGGGGAAACGAAUCUUAAAAUACGACAGGGCUUGAACCAAACCGCUGACAUGCAGACGAGGGAAGUGCUCAUGAAGCUGUCUGGAAGGAUAGAAUGCGAAGGGCCCAACCGCCACCUGUAUGACUUCACUGGCAACUUGCACUUGGAUGGGAAAAGCCCUGUUGCCCUGGGGCCCGACCAGAUCUUGUUAAGAGGUACCCAGGUCAGGAAUACUCAGUGGGUCUUUGGCGUGGUUGUAUACACUGGACACGACACCAAACUCAUGCAGAAUUCAACAAAAGCGCCCCUCAAGAGGUCAAAUGUUGAGAAGGUAACCAAUGUGCAGAUCCUGGUGCUGUUUGGCAUCCUCCUGGUCAUGGCGCUGGUGAGCUCAGCAGGGGCCCUGUUCUGGAACGAGUCUCAUGGCGGGAAGAACUGGUACAUCAAGAAAAUGGAUGCGAGCUCAGAUAAUUUUGGAUACAACCUGCUGACAUUUAUCAUCUUGUACAACAAUCUAAUUCCCAUCAGUCUGCUGGUGACUCUUGAGGUUGUGAAAUACACGCAAGCUCUCUUCAUAAACUGGGACACAGAUAUGUAUUAUAUUGAAAAUGAUACCCCUGCGAUGGCCAGAACAUCAAACCUUAAUGAAGAGCUUGGGCAGGUAAAAUAUCUGUUCUCUGACAAGACUGGAACUCUUACAUGCAAUAUCAUGAACUUUAAGAAGUGUAGCAUAGCUGGGGUGACCUAUGGUCACUUCCCAGAACUGACUAGAGAACCAUCAUCAGAUGACUUCUCUCGGAUGACUCCUUGCUGUGGUGAUUCAUGUGACUUUAACGAUCCCAGGCUGUUGAAGAACAUUGAGGAUCAACAUCCCACAGCCCCUUGUAUACAAGAGUUCCUCACCCUGCUGGCUGUGUGUCACACCGUGGUCCCUGAAAAGGAUGGAGAUGACAUCAUCUAUCAGGCUUCCUCCCCAGAUGAAGCCGCCUUGGUAAAAGGAGCUAAGAAACUUGGCUUCGUCUUUACAGCCAGAACGCCGUACUCAGUCAUCAUAGAAGCGAUGGGACAGGAACAGACAUUUGGAAUUCUCAAUGUACUAGAAUUUUCCAGUGACAGAAAAAGAAUGUCUGUAAUUGUCCGAACUCCAUCAGGACAACUUCGACUCUACUGCAAGGGAGCUGAUAAUGUCAUCUUUGAAAGACUUUCAAAAGACUCGAAGUACAUGGAUGAAACAUUAUGCCAUCUGGAAUAUUUUGCUACAGAAGGCUUGCGAACUCUCUGUGUGGCCUAUGCUGAUCUCUCUGAGACGCAGUAUGAGGAGUGGCUGAAGGUCUAUGAGGAGGCCAGCAUCUUAAUGAAAGACAGAGCUCAUCGACUGGAAGAGUGUUACGAGAUCAUUGAGAAGGAUUUACUGUUACUUGGAGCUACAGCCAUCGAAGAUCGCCUUCAAGCCGGGGUUCCAGAAACCAUAGCAACUCUGUUGAAGGCAGAAAUUAAAAUAUGGGUAUUGACAGGCGACAAGCAAGAAACUGCAAUUAAUAUAGGGUAUUCCUGCCGGUUGGUGUCACAGAACAUGGCCCUUAUCUUGUUGAAGGAGGAUUCUUUGGAUGCAACACGUGCAGCCAUCACUCAGCACUGCACAGACCUUGGGAAUUUGCUGGGCAAGGAGAAUGACGUGGCCCUUAUCAUCGAUGGCCACACCCUGAAGUAUGCACUGUCCUUCGAAGUCCGCAGAAGCUUCCUAGAUCUGGCACUCUCCUGCAAGGCGGUCAUAUGCUGCAGAGUGUCCCCUCUGCAGAAGUCUGAGAUUGUGGACGUUGUGAAGAAGCGAGUGAAAGCCAUCACCCUGGCCAUUGGAGACGGUGCCAACGAUGUAGGGAUGAUCCAGACAGCCCACGUAGGGGUGGGGAUCAGCGGGAAUGAAGGCAUGCAGGCCACCAACAACUCGGAUUAUGCCAUCGCACAGUUUUCCUACUUGGAGAAGCUGCUGUUGGUUCACGGAGCCUGGAGCUACAACCGGGUGACCAAGUGCAUCCUCUACUGUUUCUACAAGAACGUGGUCCUCUACAUCAUUGAGCUUUGGUUCGCCUUUGUUAAUGGAUUUUCGGGGCAGAUUUUAUUUGAGCGCUGGUGCAUCGGCUUGUACAAUGUGAUCUUCACCGCGUUGCCACCCUUCACUCUGGGAAUCUUCGAAAGAUCUUGUACUCAGGAGAGCAUGCUCAGGUUUCCACAGCUCUAUAAAAUAACCCAGAAUGCUGAAGGCUUCAACACAAAGGUUUUCUGGGGUCACUGCAUCAACGCCUUGGUCCACUCCCUCAUCCUCUUCUGGUUUCCCAUGAAAGCACUGGAGCACGACACGCCUCUAGCCAAUGGCCAAGCCACAGACUACUUGUUUGUUGGGAACAUAGUUUACACGUAUGUUGUGGUUACCGUUUGUCUGAAAGCUGGUUUGGAGACGACAGCUUGGACUAAAUUCAGUCAUCUAGCAGUGUGGGGAAGCAUGCUGAUCUGGUUGGUGUUUUUUGGCGUCUACUCAACCAUCUGGCCCACAGUCCCCAUCGCUCCUGACAUGAAAGGGCAGGCGAGUAUGGUCCUGAGCUCUGCUCACUUCUGGUUGGGAUUAUUUCUGGUUCCUACUGCCUGUUUGAUUGAAGAUGUGGCAUGGAGAGCGGCCAUGCACACCUGCAAUAAGACACUGCUGGAAGAGGUACAGGAGCUGGAGACCAAAUCCAGAGUGAUGGGGAAAGCAAUGCUGCGGGAUGGUACUGCAAAGAGGAUGAACGAGCGUGACCGCCUGAUCAAGAGGCUCAGCAGGAAGACGCCACCGACCCUCUACCGUGGAGGCUCCCUCCAGCAGUGUGUCUCUCAUGGGUUCGCCUUUUCUCAAGAAGAGCAUGGAGCUGUCACUCAGGAGGAAAUUGUUCGUGCUUACGACACCACCCAAAAGAAGCCAAAGAGAAAAUAAGAGGCGACUUUUCCUGAUGGAUCCAAGGGACGAGAUUCGAUUUGUUGCAUCUAGUGUUAACACAUUUUUGUCAGAAGAGACAGGUGCCAGCAGCCCAAACACCAGAAAACACAUUUCUGUGGCCUUAGCCAACCAGUUUGUUAGCAGCUGUCUGUCGUUCCCCUCCCCCCGACCCCGGCAAUCCUGGGGUGUAGGCCACAGGAGAAGCCACCCUCCCAGCUUGUCUGCAGCGCUUGGCCCAACUUCUGUUUAGUUGUUAUGAAGCGUUCAGCUGUGCUCUGUGAGGUGUGAAAUUAAAAACCAUGUUUCACCAAUGCUUAAACAUCCAUACUGGUGGUUCUGGGAGAAAGGAAGGGGGCUUUGUGUGCUGAGAGACCCCUCCUGUGGAAUGGGAGCAUGGCGCUUCCUUUCUGUUUGGUUGAGGCAGCAGCAUGCAAGCCUCACUUUAGGCAGAUAGCUCAGUUGCUUUGAUCCCUGUUUUGUUCAUAUGAAGUUGGUGUAAACGUCUUGAUCGCAGUGAAAUCAGAAAAACCUAUGGCUGGGGGAUAAACCUGAGAAUGUGUCUAUGGGCCUUUCGGCCAAACCCCCAGCAAGACAGAAUCCCAUACCGCCUUCUGCACCUGUUCUAGGUGCCAGUCUGCAGCCCCACCUUCGAUGUCCUACGCCCUUGUCCUCAGACCUGUGUGGCUGGCCCCAGGAUGUGGUGCGUCAUGGCCAGUGACCACCAAUCCAGGCUCCACGCAUCCUUGCUCCCUGCAGAUUCAGAUCUGGGUGCCAGAAAUCCUUCCCUUCACCACCCUUUGUCUUUAUAAUAACUGCAGAAAAGUGGCUGGUCCAGACCUGACCUGGAUGCUUUGCUUCCUCUUUCUGAUGGAAUCCCACCCGUCAGAGUGGCACGGGGACGCCUUGCCCUGUCCAAACUCUUCAUACCACUUUCCAGCUGGGCCUUUGACAGCCGCUCAGUCAGGACCUGCUUGGGCACUUCACAUUUUAGACUUUCAGUGUUAGGAUUAUAAUGGAGUUUAUAAUAUCUGUUCAGUGGUAGGACAGAGGUGUCAUUCACUCUGCAGCUCUGGAAUCAGGGUGAUCCCAGAGGGAAAACACAGGUCAGAGAGUGGUCAGGGUGAACGCCAGAUGUCUCUGGAAGGUGACAAAGGAUGCAUGACACACCAGAAGCAGACACAGAGGACAUUUCCACCAAAUCUCAAGUCACACUCUUGACAGUUGUCACAAUCAUCAAAAUUGUCACAGUAGCAGAAGUGAGACCUUACCCCACAGACAGUCAUAUACUGUAUCCCACUCUAGCCUUGAAUUCACUAAGUAGCCCAAGCUAGCCUCAAACUCUCAACAAUCCUCUUGUCUCAGCCUCCUCAGUACUGGGAUUAUAGCAUGAGCCGCCACAUCCAGUACCACAUGUUUUUAAUGAAAACGAUUCCAAACAUUUCAAGAUAAAAACUUUUAAAAAUAUUGACAUGGUUUCCUUUGGGUACCCAAGGAGCCUUUCUGAAGAGUGCCCUGAGUUCUAAAACAAGGAAGGAAAGUGGGCAGUUCUUGGCUUUGCACCUGUAGGCCCCCAUUCUGAACUGGAACAGAACUUGGGACCUUCAUGAAAUGCAGCCCUGGUGGCUACUUUCUUCUGUUCCAAAACCAGGUUUUGGAUGACUGGGCACCUACUACUGGUUAAAAUUGCACCAUUCCAACUGGGAUGCUGUGCUAACUUAGAAAAUAAAAAGUCAAGAUGACUGAGCAGUCUAAGGCACUGCAUUCAAGAAAUAAAACGAUGGUGCUCUUUGCUUUCUAACCCUUUAUUUUUGGAACAUCUGAGAUGAAUGGGCAUUGAAAACACUUAGAAUGUGGUUUGCACUGACUGAGAACCGAUUUUUUCUUAGAAAGUGAGCAGGAUUCUGAGAUGGUUUAAGGGGGAGGCAGCAUGUUGCAGUUAACAGGGAAUUUGGAAGUGACCAUUCUUUGCUCCCUGAGGCAAAUAAAACUAGUGGGCCCAGUCAGAUGGAUCCUGCCAGACUACCAUGCUGGAAAAACAACAGGAAGUGUGCCCUGAUCACGGUAGAUGUCUGUAUUGCACAUCCAGAAGAGGGGGAAGUCAAACCGAAGAAAGGAGACUUGGGAUUGAAUGUGCCCCAGGCAGCUCCACUGCUCCUUUUCAUUUGGGAACUGAGCUCAUUUGGAAAGUUGAAUCAAAAUUCAGCUUCAUCAAAUGUUUAGCCCUCUCUUGAACUUGAAGCCUUUCAAAUCAGAUUAGUCAAUGAAAGUAUUUGUGUGGAGGUUUUGUUGUUCUGUUUUUUUGUUUUGUUUUACAUUACAGCACACUUUUCAUUUCUGAAGCAUAUUUUCUUAUGUUGAGAAGUAGACUAAACAGGCUUUGCAAUAAUGAGAUAUGCACACAGUAGAAAACAUUUCUGGAAGGGAUGACUUUCUAUUUUUUUCUCUCAUGUGAUUAAGCUUUCUCCUAGCCAAAUGACUAACUUGGGUUUCUAGACUUAGCAGCUGUCAUGCUGUGUGAUGCACACUACUUAGCCAGGACCAACUCGGGCUGUGUCAUUUGUCCUAUCGUUAAACCAAGGUCAGAAUGUCACACACACAACCCCUCCCCAGGGAGUUCGGUGGACUGCACUAGCUUGCACACAAUGGCUGACAGUUCAGUGGAAAUGUCACAUGGGACAUGUCACUCCUGUCACACAGUAUAUGACCCUCAGGCUGGCAAGUUAAAUUCGGUCAGCACUUCCAAGCCUGCCUGUGCAUGGGCCUAAGCUGCCAGAAACCACUCAGGCCUCCCUGUGGGCUAGGACUGCUCACAGAAGGCUCUGUUUUCUCUCCUGUUUUAGUGAGUCUGCGUACAGCACAGCCAGUAUCCUCCCAGCUUAGUUCUGGGUUCUGCUGUGCUGCACACACCCACCAGGAUGGCUGCAGUGUAGAGGGCACACACUGAAGUAGAAGCUGCCCACCUCUGCCCAGCAGCCUGCCCACCUCUGCCAGGCAGCCUCGAAUAGCAUCGCCUCCUGCUUGGGGGUUGGCUAUGGAAUACUUUGGAAAAUGGAGUUGAUAUAUCUACUCUGUCUCAGUGCAGAAUGGUCCAGAUUUUUAGACUACUGUUGUUUUUUCCCAUCCCACAACACACAUGUAAACACAAAAAACAAAAACAUGAGGACUUGUUUGGGCUGGUAUUCCAUACAAAGCCUUGCUUUGGAGAAAGGAACAAUGUUUCUUUAAUAUUUCCCAAAAAAUGUGCUAAAAAGUGAAUCUGGGCUUCUGCUGAGCAAAGCUGACAUUUUCUUCUCUUUGACAAGCCUCUAGGUGUGCACAGUUCACUGAAGCAGUGCAUGAUUUUUUUAUUUUUGAGACAAAGUCUCAUGUAGUCUGGGCUGGCAUUGAAAUAGCUUUGUAGCCAGGACCGACCUUGAACUCAUGAUCCUCUGGUCCUCCUGUCUCUG